AUGGAAGACCCGGAAAACAACAGCGGGAGUCGUGGGAGGAGGCAGAAGGGUAUAGUGCGGCUCGUGUUGCCGGAUGGUGGCACGCGCCGAAGUGCGCCGCUGGUUGUUGAGAAGGAGGCUUCGACGUCGCUUCCACCUCCCAAGAAGAUAAGAAGCCCGGAUCGAACCAGCCCGGCUUCCUCGCCGCGGCUUGCCGCCUCCUCCGCCCUGAUCUUUCCCUUCUCUUGCGAGGAUUCCCUGCCCGUUCUGCAUGCACCUUUCUUGCCUCCUUCGGUCGCCGGUCGGUUUCAGCAGCAGAUGAUUUGUUUCGCACGGUGUGAUCCGCAUCAGGUUGGAGCUCAUCCACAUCCUCCAUGGCUUAUGGCCGAAGGAGUUCCCACGAUGAGUCAGCAGCGGCAGCAGCAGAAGCAGAAGUACCAUGAGCAUCUCCUUAAGUACUGGAGCGAAGGACUCAACCUUAGCCCCCGCGGCAACCUGACGGGCCCCGGACUCUUCCGGCCCCCUGUGCCGACGAAGCUUUACCGCGGCGUGAGGCAGCGGCACUGGGGCAAGUGGGUGGCGGAGAUCCGCCUCCCGAAGAACCGCACCCGCCUCUGGCUCGGCACCUUCGACACCGCGGAGGCCGCGGCCCUCGCGUACGACCGCGAGGCGUUCAAGCUCAGGGGCGAGAACGCACGGCUUAAUUUCCCCAACCUCUUCCUCGGCCAAGGGGCUUCUUUCUCUUCCUCAUCCUCUGCUCCUGCCACCCCGGAAGAAACCAACCAACAGCAGCAGGAUGAGCCAAGCGAACCUUCUCAGCUGCAACCCCAAACCGAAGCCCCGUCUACUUCUGCUGCGACCACAGUUGGUGGCACGAGCAUGGCUACGACGCAGACGACGGAGAUGGUCUGGGGAGAGGCCGACGAGGCAUGGUUCAGCACCUGGGGUCCGGGGAGCUACGUAUGGGACGACAUCGACGAAGCUAAUAGCAUACUCUUCCAGUCCCAGCUCACCAGCAUUGCUGAAUCCAACAUUGGCUGCUUGGAUUCCACAGCAUCAACAGCGACAGCAGCACGUCAGGAAACUAGCGCACCCCCUACUUCUUCUCCUUCCCGGUUUACGUGGAAGGAGUGA